AUGGCCCUACAACUGUUCAUGAACGACUUGAUGGAAGAAUCAGGAGCACAGUCCAUCGUUGUUGUCGCAGACGAUGUGACCAACCACACUAUUGAGAAGCGGGUAUCACUUUUCAGAUCGCUGCAACUGGAGCGGCAAGACAAUAACAGCAACGGCAGAAUAUCACAAGAUCAUGGGCCGGCGUGUUCCUCCUCGCCGUGUCAAGUUCGAAGAGACGAAGGAAGCACUGGAUCGCUUCAAGAUAUGAGAGUGAAAAGGGAGCUGCUUGAGGAUAUGAAGCGCCUUUCAUGGGGAGAGCAGCGUUUGCUGUCUCAUCGAUCAAGCCCAAGAACUCUGAAGCGAAUGUCAUGCUUUUACGAACCAAGAAAUGAUGCAUAG